AUGGUCUUACGUAACUAUCGUUUUCGAAAAUCUUUUAAAAAUCUUCGAAAUGUAUUUAUUAGUUUAAUUAUUCUAAUAUGUUUCGUUCAUAUGUAUUUAUUUAAAAAAGCUUCAAUAAAAGUGAAGAAACCUCCUAAACUAAGAUAUGAUUAUAAUCGUCGUUUAGCCUUUAAUGCUUCUACAUGUGACUUUAAUCAACUCAAUUAUUUAUUAACGUAUACACAUCGUCUAUCAAUAAUUGAUGAACAAAAUCAAGCACAACCUACACUAAAUAGAUUAAAAACAUUAAUUACUACGUUAAUGUCGUAUGAAGAACAAUAUUCUACAGUAUUUAAAAUAUUACGUAUAUUUUCAUUUAAUGAUACAAAAACAUUUCAAGUAUUUGGCAAUAAUAAAAUUAUUCUAAAAGAUAUAUUAUGUUUGUACAAAAGAUAUUUUAUUUUACCAUCACAAAAUCAAUCUGAAAAUAGUACAAUUGAUAUUCAACCGGACUUAAUUAAUUAUUUAAGACAAAUAUCAAAAUAUUUAGUCGAUGGUUUCAGAUAUCCUAGACUAGAAUGGAGAUCAAACAUGGUAAGACAACAAGAAUAA